CAUAUUGCUAAAAAUAUUUAAUAACUGGAUGGUAGAUUUGGAUGACCCAAAUUCGAAAUUAAAUGUACAAAUUAAAAGUGCUAAUAUUGAAAAUAUUGCUUUUACACAACCUCGAAAACAAUCAGAAGCAUUUUAUACAAGUAGGUUUCUCAACCUUUCAAACUUACAAAAAUUUGACAAUUUAUCACAACUUUCACAACCUGUCUACUUUUCUGAUAUCUUAAUGUUCAAAUCUAACGAAAUUG